AUGCCCCGUGAAUCGUCGCCACUCCGAAGAGCCAACUCUUUCUCAACCAUUCAGAGUUCAGGGCUUUUUCGAAGCACGGUGAGUUCGGCACUGUUGUCUGGUUUUGGUAUCAUCUUCGGUGGAGGCCUUUCUUCUUUCUUGGCAGCGGCCCAUUGCCAUGCUCGCUUCCCGACCAUUGAGCAGGUGCAAAGUGCAGGUGCAACCCUGUACAGCACUUCGACCAUCGCUGAUCACGUGGAUGUCUUUAUUUCGCACUCAUGGUCCGCUGGGCGUUGGGGAAAAUUCUUUGCCCUAUGCUUGUUCUUCAACUUGGAAUUGGCGAUCAAGUGCUCCUUUGCUACGUGGUUCUUACUGGCGGCUGUUUUGGCAGGAAUGUUUGGAGUGGCCGGUUUGGGAGGAAGCGCCUAUGUGUUUCCGUGCCUCGUGUGCUUGCCUGUGGCUGCUUUCUUUGUCGUUUUCAUCUUUGGUCAAAACCUGACUGGCGGGCGCUGGUCUAUGUCCUUGUGGGUGGAUAAAUUAUGCAUUCACCAAACUGACCUGGAGUUGAAGGCAAAACAGAUAGCAGCACUACCGGUCUUCGUAGCUCAUGCUUCCCGGAUGCUCAUUUUAUGGGAUGAAACCUAUUUUGAGCGACUUUGGUGCAAUCUGGAGCUCGCAACCUUUGUCCAUAACGGCGGUAUCGAAAAAGUUGAUCUCUUGCCAUUGUGGCUAGCACCAUGGUUACUCUGCUCCAUUCUGUUGGAUCUGCUUAGCGCUGGUCUUUUUGAGUUGUUGGAGCAUCUUCUUCCCAAUUGGAGCAUGAGAUGGAUGCCCCCUAUCAUGGAAGCGACAGAGUCGGUGCUGGGAAAAAAUCCGGCGAUUUUGAAGUUUGUGACAUUCUUCAUCAUUUGGAUGUUUACUGGCGUUACUUACCUCCUGGUGUCUGUGCCAAGUUUCUUUUCUUUUCGCAUGAAGCUUCGAAACCACCAGCUCCUCCUGGACCAGAUGUCAGCCUUCGAUGUGCGAGCUGCCAAGUGCACAUUACUUGCAGACCGCAAUGCCAUCGAGGAGCACGUCGUCGCAUUGUUUGAAGGUAGAAAUGUGCCCCUGAAGGAAGGCAGUGGUGUUGAUGAUGGCGAGGUCCGCCUGCAGAGAUUCAGCUUGGAGGAUCGCGAUCCUCUCAACUGCUUUAAUGAACAUGUCAAGGGACCCCUGCGUGCAAUGGUGGAAUCGCAGAUCGGUAAUGAGCUGCGCGUGCCAUUUCAUAUUGCUUUGAUUGCCUGCCUACCUAUGAUUUUCUAUUCCUCUGUGAACGUGCUGGCCUGCGACAAUGGACCAUGUGAGACAUCCGCAGUUUUGUCUGGCUACUCAUCCGUGACGCAGUACAUGGUUACUCAAGUUGUGGCUUGGACACUGACCAUCUUCCUGUCAUUCCCAGUAACUUCCCCAAUUCUUCUUCGCAUGAUCAACUUUGUCGUCUCUCGCGGCAAUGGUCCACUGGAGCUGUUCAUGGCUCUACUUUGCUGCCCUUUAGCCUACAUUUGGAGCUACAUCUGCGGCAGCUUGAUUUGGGGCUCUAUAGCUGCGCUGGUGCAGUACUACUCGCUAACCCAGCUACUGAUCUUCAUGGUGAUCUUAGCUGUUCUCGUGUUGCAGGUGAUUUGGUUGUACCCCCAGAUGCCGGGUGGCCGGGCACAUCCAUCCUGCCGAUGCGUGAAGCGUCAAGCAUACUAUGAGGCUGCUAGCAGUUCACCACUGUGCCCUGAGUAAACUCACCGCUAGGUGUUUGGCUCAUGCUUCCGCACAUCAUUUUUCAAGACUAAGUUCAGAAUGUGAACGUUUCAUCGGCUGCCAAUUUGCAGUCCCUCUUGAUCCCCCGUCAAGACGGUGAGGGCUUGUUUCAGUUUUGAUAAUUUUGAUUCGCACGUCCUUCUCUUGAACCUCCUAGGCCACCAGCUCGGCGUGAAAGUCGGCAAAAAAA